CCGCCGCGUCCCGUCCCGGCCCUCCUGGGCAGCACCGGACGGCAGGCUCUGCUCUCCGGAACGCUCCCGGCGUUUGGGGCUAGGGAGAGCAAGUCUGCCUCACCGCCGGCCUGCACGCAGGUCGCUGAAGUCUGCGACGCUAACGGCCGGGAUAGGUCCGGCCCGCCCGCGCUCUCCUCAGCCGCCGACUUCUGUGCAGGCCGGGAGUUGCUCAGGACCCGCUCACUCACAAACGGGAAAGAAGGGGAUUCCUCGGCUAGCCUGCGGGACUGGGGGCCGAGGAUCCACGGGACCGCAAGCGCUCGGGACCGCUCCCCGGAACAGCUUCUCGUCGCGUUGGCCUCUGUGCUGUUUCCUGCCCCUGGGUCUCCGCCGCGCGAGCGGGACACGUCGGUGGUAGGGCGCCCAGCCCAGCAGCUGCUACUUCACCGCUAGCUGACCCUCGCUGGCCGUCGGGCAGCCGCGCACCGUGGGCUGGGACAGUCACGCGUGGCUCCCGCUCGAGGUGACGUCACCGUCCCGCGCCCACCUCAGUCGGUGGUGGCAGCCCGCGGGCGGCGGCGCGGUCCGGUGCUCUCUGUCACGGGCGGCGGCCAGCGGCAUCGCGCUGUGGAGAGCCGCCUGGCGCCGCCUCCUCUCCUCGCUGGCUGCCUCGCUUCCUCCCUCCUCCUGCGCUGCCCCAUGUUCGGGCUGGAGAAGCCGGGCAGAAGUGGUGGGUUUCCGAACAUGGCGUGCGUAGGGGAUUUUAACGUGCUCAGCUCCAGCAUCCCGGCCACGAAAGUGGAGCUCUCCGUGUCCUGCAGAAAUCUUUUGGACAGAGAUACAUUUUCUAAAUCUGAUCCAAUCUGUGUUUUGUACACACAAGCCAUUGGAAACAAAGAAUGGAGAGAGUUUGGAAGAACAGAAGUAAUUGAUAAUACUUUAAAUCCAGAUUUUGUAAGAAAAUUUAUAAUGGAUUACUUCUUUGAAGAAAGAGAGAAUCUGCGAUUUGAUUUCUAUGAUGUUGACUCUAAGAGUCCUAACCUAUCAAAACAUGAUUUUUUGGGACAAAUGUUUUGUACACUGGGAGAAAUAGUCGGAUCACAGGGUAGCAGACUGCAAAAAUCAAUCGUAGGAAUUCCUGGGAAGAAAUGUGGAACAGUGAUAGUUACAGCAGAGGAGUUAGGCUGCUGCCGAGAUUCAGUUCUAAUGCAAUUUUGUGCAAACAAACUAGACAAGAAAGACUUCUUUGGGAAAUCUGACCCUUUCCUUGUAUUUCAUCGAAGCAACGAAGAUGGGAGUUUUACAAUCUGCCACAAAACAGAAGUGGUAAAAAAUACAUUAAAUCCAGUGUGGCAGGCAUUCAAGAUCUCUGUCAGAGCACUGUGCAAUGGAGACUAUGACCGGACAAUUAAAGUAGAAGUAUACGACUGGGAUAGAGAUGGAAGCCAUGACUUCAUUGGGGAAUUCACAACAAGUUACAGAGAGCUGUCAAGAGGACAAUCUCAGUUCAACGUGUACGAGGUAAUCAAUCCAAAGAAAAAAGGAAAAAAGAAAAAGUAUGUGAAUUCUGGAACAGUAACAUUGCUUUCCUUCCUAAUUGAAACAGAAGUUUCAUUCCUUGACUAUAUUAAAGGCGGAACCCAAAUCAAUUUCACAGUAGCUAUUGAUUUCACAGCCUCAAAUGGUAACCCUUCACAACCUACUUCACUGCACUACAUGAAUCCCUACCAACUGAAUGCUUAUGGCAUGGCACUGAAAGCAGUGGGUGAAAUAAUUCAAGACUAUGAUAGCGAUAAAAUGUUUCCAGCUCUGGGUUUUGGAGCUAGACUGCCUCCAGAUGGAAGAGUAUCACAUGAAUUUGCACUGAAUGGAAACCCUCAAAAUCCAUACUGUCAUGGAAUUGAUGGUGUAAUGGAGGCAUACUACAGGAGUCUAAAAUCAGUACAGCUUUAUGGACCAACAAACUUUGCCCCUGUAAUUAAUCAUGUAGCCAGAUAUGCUGCUUCAGUAAAAGAUGGCUCCCAGUAUUUUGUUCUUCUCAUUGUUACAGACGGAGUUAUUUCCGAUAUGGCUCAGACGAAAGAAUCCAUAGUGAAUGCUUCCAGGCUUCCAAUGUCAAUAAUUAUAGUUGGGGUAGGACCAGCAGAAUUUGAUGCUAUGGAAGAACUGGAUGGUGAUGUAGUGAGGAUUUCUUCAAGAGGAAAAUUUGCAGAAAGAGACAUUGUGCAGUUUGUGCCAUUCCGAGAUUAUAUUGACAGAAGUGGAAACCACGUGCUAAGCAUGGCAAGACUCGCUAAAGAUGUUUUAGCUGAGAUCCCAGAGCAGUUUCUGUCCUACAUGAGAGUCAGAGGAAUAAAGCCAUCACCUGCACCGCCGCCCUAUACACCUCCAAUUCAUGUGUUGCAGACUCAGAUAUGACUGCUCCACAGUGUUUAGCAGUUGUCACAAGGCAAGAGUCUCUGGAUGCAGCAGUAGCUUCUGAUAACUUCUUGGAGCUAGAAAAGUUGUCUUCACAUACCAAAAUUCUCCUAUGGUUGCAUGAGCAACUGGAAAGCUUAUAAAUGCUAGGAGCAAAUAUUGAUGUUCUGACUCUUUUGGUUUGGGUUUGGCUUUGGGGUUUUUGUUUGGUCGUUGUGGGUUGGUUUUGUUUACAGAACUCCCUACUUUUUUUGGUGUAUUUAUUGGAGGGGAAAGCACAAGUCACGAUUUCAACUCAGAAGAUACUGUCCUCUCUGAAUAUUGUGUGUACAUAAAUGUACAGGUAUGCUGUUAACUCUGUAUCAAUGUUUACAUGUCACUAUUUUUAAAUUUCAGUACUUUUAUAACUAUUCUUAAGAAUAAAAGUUUGGAAUAUUGACUCACGUGUCUUCUAACUUGCAAUAGUUUGUCACAAGGUAACAAGAGAAGCAAUAUCUCUUUGAAUGUUUGUCCAGACAAAUACAAAUGAAAGCUAAGAAGGGGACAAACCCGUGUUUUCCAAUACCUGAGUUCAGUGCUCAGUAAUCCAUUCAUCUCACAGUUUGAGAAUACACACCUAAAAUGUGAAGAAAACAUCAUUUCAUAGACUUAUGACUAACUCCAAACUUUUGAGGGGGAGGUAUGUGUAUUUUUUCAGAGAUUCUUCAAUUUCUAAGUUUACCUAAGUUUACAGAUUGUUUUUUUACAACAAGUUUCUGAAGCAAAUUCGAAGAGUUACUUGCUCUAAGUGAUUAAAGAUGAUUACCUCAAAUCAGAACUAUCAGACUAUUAUAGUUGACUCACUGAGCUCGUUAGACCUUAUCAUGCAUUCCUUAAAGUGCUGGAAAUUUUGCAUCAGAAAAGUCUUUUGAAGUGAUUACAGCAGAUAUUUUAUAACAGACCAUUUUAAACUUGAUUUUAAACUUUCACUUCUUUUUUUUUUUGUUGUCUAGAUUGCCCAUUCAAAGGGAUGCUGGCUUUUAAUAUUUGGGUUUGAUAUUGUCAUUUAAUCACAUUUCCAUUCAGGAUGCAUGAAUGAUAAUGUUAAUUAACUGGUGUCAAAAUUGCACAGCCGUGUUGCUUUGUGCACAAUUUUGUGUACAGAACUACCCAAAAAUUUUAUUAAUAUGCCUGUUCAUAUAUAUAUUUUAUAUAUAUAUAUUAAAAAAAAAAUGGUUCUGCAUGUACAGUUUUUACCAAAUACACAGGUUUGUGAGUUUGUGUCAGGUAUAUUUUAUUUAGAACUAAUGGCCUUAAAUUUCACAGGAGUCCUGAUAUGAUUGUGAAUUGCCUUCAAGUACUGUUAAAACUGAACAUCUUAACUUUUUUUUUGUGCGUCACAGUUACAACUGUCUUGUAGCAGAACUUUUUUCUUUGUGUAUAACCUGUUUACUAUUUCUGUUUCUUACUACUGUAUGUUGUAAUGUACAGUAAAAAGAAAAUUAAGGUGCAUUUUUUUAGGCAUGAAAAGUUUUUGACAGAAAACAUAUCUUCAAUGUUAAUGGCAUAUAACUAUAUAAAUGCAGAAGCUUCCAGUUUUAAAUAUGUUUCACUUCCUUUAGCUAUCUCACGUGGAAAAUUACUUUUUUGAGAUAAUUAUUCUAUUAGUAAACAAACAAAAAAAGCUUUGCAAAAAUAAAUCUUGUUUUAUUUUUAUUUGAAAACAGUUUUUACAUAAGUAUGGACUUUAAUUUUCUCACCAAGAUUUGUAUUUCUUAGUGGAUUGAUGUUGCAUGAAUGGAGUUUGAUACUUGGCAACUACCAAUUCUGAUGAAAGUGCAUCAUAAAGUUUAAAUCUACUGAA